AUGUAACUAAUUCAAUACUAAGCAAAGAAUAAAAUUGCACAUAGUAAAAUUGGUUCUUUUUGUUUUCAUAAGCAAUUAACGUAAUAUUUCAUAAUAGAAAGCUCUAUUUAACGUUCUCAGUUCUUGAAAGCAUUCUAGCAAGAACUCUUUUGGAAUUACGAAGGAAAACAGAUGGCAGUGAGAUUGUUAAUCUUUCUUGCAAUAAUCCAAAACUAUGAGGCUCUUGUUAUAUUUCGAGAUAGCUGUUAUUCUUCAUUUCAAAUUCCUUUCCUGCAUGCUCAUUAAACCAAGAAAAUAAUGGCAUAAAAGAAAAAUCUAUUGAAGCAAAUAAUCAACAAACUUAUAUAAUAUAAUAAUAAUUUAUGGAAAGAUAUCUCUUUUGUUUUGUUUCAAAGAGACUGUCGAUCUCAUAGGCAUCAGAGAAAUUCUCAAAUCCAAAGCAGGAGUGAUGAAAUGAGCAAAUUUGAAAGAAUUAUCGUCUUAUUCAAUAGGAAUUAAUUUUGCAGGAUUUUCCAAAAUAAUUGAAAAUUAUUAUUUUGAACAAUUUUUAGUUAUUGAACAUUGUAAAUUUUACUUAUCACAACAGCAUUCACCUGCAUUUUCUUACAAACACCUUCUAUUUAAAGGAACUUAAUUCUUUAAUCCAGCUAAAGUUGAGUGGAUUUGGUUGUAUGAUUGAAUCCCAAUAAGAUUGUGUAAUACAUUUGAUAUAAUAGUUAAAGCAAAUCUGUUCAACUUCGAACUGCGGGUUUGUCCCUAGUGGUAAGUCUAAUUUCUAUUAAACUCCUUAGAAUGA